AACAAAACCCUAUCGCUUGGCCACAGAACUAUAAACUAAAAAAUUACUUUACAAGACGGCGUGGCGUAACGUAAAUCCAAAUAAUGUCGUCUUUUAUGGCAAAUUUAGUGAAAUUUAAAUCAUACACGUAUGAAUCUUCGUUGCCCGUGAGGAAGGCCCCACCAAAGAAACAUUUGACAAGUGUCGGUAAACUGGAAACUAGUAGAGGUCUAUCCAACAUGUCGGAUCCGAAAAGGGUCCGACCCCUGCUCAUAUUUGGUCCUUCGGGAUCCGGAAAGAGCACUCUGGUCAAGAAGAUGCUGGAAGAGUUUCCGGACAAGUUCGGCUUCUCCGUGAGCCACACUACCAGAAAACCGCGGCCUGGUGAGGAGCACGGCAAACACUACCACUUCAUAGACGUGGAGAGCAUGAAAAGGGCCAUAGAAGAGAGAAAGUUCUUGGAACACGCCGUGUUCAGCGGGAACUACUACGGGACCAGCAAAGCGGCUGUGGAGGAAAUAGCAAAGCAAGACAAAGUCUGCGUGCUGGAUAUAGACGUGCAAGGGGUGAGGCAAGUGAAGAAGACGGACCUAAACCCGUGGAGCGUCUUCGUAAAGCCCCCCUCCAUGGAGUCGCUGAAGCAACGCCUCGUCGACAGGAAGACGGAAACGGAGGAGAGCCUCGACAAGAGGCUGAGCAGGGCCCAGGAGGAGAUCGAGUACGGCACGACGCCCGGAAACUUCGACCUGGUGAUCGUGAACGACGACCUGGACCGCGCCUACAGCCAACUGAGGGAAUUCGUUGUCGAUAAGGUCUUGAAAAAUAAAGUGACGUAAAAG